AUGGUGAUUAGACCCGAGUAUCACCCGAGUGCUUCCUGCAUGUAUGUAACAGAUGAGAGGAAAUCCGACUACCUGCUGGAACCCCAUGCAGACAUUGAUGACCUGCCAUCUUUUGAAGCUCCAUCAGGACAGCCCAAAACACCUGUAGACAUGGACACACAGGGGUCAGUAGAACAGCACUCUAAAGAGAAAUGGGAACUAGUGAAUGUUGCCCUUACUGGUGGAGCUCCUUGGGGUUUUACUUUGAGAGGAGGUCUGGAAUACCAAGAGCCACUACUUAUCACAAAGGUGGAGGAGAAUGGUCGGGCAGCGUCGCAGCUUAAGGUUGGUGAUGUAAUUGUCUGUGUUAAUUCUGUUCCUCUGAGCGGGUACAGACAGGAGGCCAUCCGCCUGGUAAAGAGUUCCCACAAAACUCUGGUUUUAGGGGUGAAACGGAGGAAUGAUCCUACAUGCAGACCUCAAUCUUGGCACUCUUCAAAAGUCUCUGAGAACUCAUUAGAAGUGUCUGACAUUAAAGCUACCUCUGCAGUUGAACCAGUCUGGCAGACAAAAUGCGAUGCAAGCUCAGUGCCAAAAGAUUUUAGUAGCUUUUGGGGCCAAACAAAUCUGCAACCUAUGUCAUGUCAGUUCAGCUCACUGGGAAACAUGGAAAUCCUCGAGUACUCCCCGAACAAGCAUUACGGUAAAGCAGAGCCUUCAGUGACUAUGAGAGAGGUCUGCAAACAUGACUCAGCCUAUAGCUCUUUUAACUGUAGUUCACCUGAACAGAGUUUGUCAAGAAGCACUGGUCCCUCCACAGAGUGUAUGUUUUAUCGCAACAACAGUGAACACCAUAGGUACCUACAGGUCCCUGUAAGUAAUGGGGGUCCAGUCAGCCCUAAGGCUGAGGAGACGUCUAGCUCUAGAUUCUCUUCUCCUGGAAAGGUGAAUGUUAAUAAAGUAUGGCAUGUUUCAGAGAAGUCUUCAGCCGCUCCUUCACCACCUCCUCCUGCUCCACCCUUGCGCAGUGACAGUUUUGCUGCCACUAAAGUUCACGAAAAGGCAUUCAUUAUGCCGUACCCUCAGGGACCCCCUGCAUAUUCCCAUCAGAAAUGCUACAGGCAGUUUGAUGACUACCUUGUUAAGGAACAAGGACCCAAAUCACCUAGCUACAGCUCACCCUCUAAGAAAGAUUUUCUUCAUGUAUACUCACCUGCUGACAACUACAACUCAAAUGAGCUGAAUCCAAAAAAGGUAUUUUCAUUAUCAAGCACAGAUGUAAGACAAAGCCUCAACCCCUUUGCCUGUCAGCCUCAACAUCAGCGGCAGCGCAGUGAUGAGAGUCCCUUCUACUUUCAACAAAGGUACCAAUUUGCACCCAAAACACAAAGAGUUAGCAGCUCUUACCAGAGCCUGCAAAAUCUCCCCAGUAAUGUGGGUCUCCAGAAACCAGCUACAAGCUCCAAGUCAUCAAGCUCAGCUUUGGACAACAGCUCGGAUGGACUUGCACAUUUCCGCUAUUAUUGCAUCACUGCCCAACAGCCUAUUCAAGAUAUCUCAGAAGGAGUGGGAGAGGACAGAUGGAGGUCAAAAUCUAAGUCUGAUGCUACCAGUGACUGUAACCAAGUUUGUUCCCAAGGGACCAUGAAACCUAAGAAACCAGUACCUCAUCUAGAGGCAUCUGAAAGCAAGGGCUCUAAAGAAUACUCCAAACAUUUCUACAGUCCUCCAAAAAUGUCCUUACCAAGACCUGUGAAGUCCAACUCUGGAGAGAGACAGAAGGACAAUCAAUGGAGGAAAGAUGAUGGAAUUGCUGAAAAUCAGUACAGCAACUCAGUUUUGAACCAGGCAGAGAAGAGAGCCCUUUCCACCACAGCUCAUCAAGGCACCCAGACACAGUCUUUGAAAUCAAAAAAUGAGCCGAAGAUCUGUCCUCAGAAGACCCCACUGUUGCACUGUCUAGCUCAGGAUAGCAAGAUUCUGGCAGACAGUACAUUGCUCCCAGUCAAGACAGGUUUUGUUCAAGAAAUGUCUGAUCCUUUAGGCAGCAAACCAGGAAGACGAAGCGAUCGUUAUGCUACCAUUUUGCGUCAUGAGAUCCAAGAAAUAAGAGCCCAGCUUCAAAAGAGCCGGAGUGCUGCUGCAUUGACUUGUCCUAGAGAAAUCGAAGAUGAUUUAGUAUGGAAGUCGACGGAGACCUCUACAUCUUCAUCUGAUGGCUCAUUCACAAACACCUAUAAAGACAAUCUAAAAGAAGCUCAAGCAAGAGUCCUACAGGCUACAUCUUUUAAAAGAAAGGACCUGGAGCUACCUGGGAAUCAAAGUCAGUUAUUUACAAAAUCAGAUUCCACCAAUGGUCAUGUCUCACGCAUUGGAAGCAGAAAACGUUUUCCUAUGGACAAAAGAGUGCAUUCCUUCUCAGAGCCUGAAAAGAUCAAUGAACUGGGUGUAGAAGAAAAAGCCUCACAAGCAAUCAAUGGCUCCUUCAUUGACAGAUGCAAGUUCUUUGAAGGAGGUUCUAGACCAACCUGUCCCAGACCUCUUCCGGAAAAUAACCUGAAUGAAAACAUUAGUGGAAAAAAAGACAUCUCAUCCUGGUAUAUAAGUGAAAAUGAUAAACAGCUCAGUAGUGAAUGUGCUACCAGAGAUGAGCACCAGAAGCGAUUGGGCACUUUUGCGGAGUAUCAAGCAAAAUGGAAUUUGCAGAGAAAAACAUCAGGAGGAAUCAUGUCUGGCAGGUAUCAUUCAGCAGAGAACAUUCUGGAUUCUGGAAUAGAGGAAUCCAGUAGCUUCAUGUGCAUUCAUGAAAGAUCAAGAUCGUCUCCUUCAGCAGACUUCAAUGCAGAAAACAUCUGUCAGCCAAAAGAGCAAUCUGUGGAAGAAUCUAAUCAGAUGUACGAGCAAGAUGCAGAGAAGAUCCAUGGUACCAGUACAUUAAUAAAGAACACAUCAGCACCUAACUGUGAUGAGCGAGAAGUUCAUUCAGAAAACAACUUUGAGAUAAAUUGUAAGCAUAAUCUGGAACCAAGCGAUGUACCUGGAUAUACUAAUGAGGUGUCUGUCAACCAACUAAGCCCAUUGUCCUCUCCAAAGCAUCAUCACUCACUUACUUCUACCAGUACUAGUCCAGUACAGUCCAGUUUUUCAGAAACCAUUUUAGUGGAAGGGUUGAACAUUACAGAGUCAUUGAGGUUGCCUACAGCGGCUGCUGGUCUCUCUGAGGAUGAGAAAAGAGAGGAGCUCGCCAGGGACAUCAUGGGAAAAGACAAGAGUCUGGUGGACAUUUUGGAUCAGAAAAAGAUGAAGACCACUAUGGAUCUGAUGGAAGGGAUCUACCCUCAGCCAGAACAGCUUCUCGAGGGUGUACAGCAGCGGAGAAAAUCCGCCUCAAAACAGUUGUCUCCCAAAACUACACAGGAGAGAGUGGACGACAGUAUGGCCGUCACAACCUCACUAGUGACCAGUUCCUCAUACUACAGCACGUCUGCGCCCAAGGCUGAGCUCCUGAUAAAAAUGAAAGACAUGCAAGAAGAAAUGAAGGAACCAGAACCUGAAGAUGAUCUCGAUUAUAACCUGUCCAAAAAGAAGCUGGAGCUGAUUGACAGUCUUAGCAAGAAGCUGCAGGUGUUGCGUCAGGCCGGAGAGAGUCUUCUGGAGGACAUGGAGGACAACAAUGUCCUGGGCGAGGAGGUGGAGGCCACCGUGAAGUCCAUCUGUAAACCCAACGAGCUGGACAAGUUCCGAAUGUUUGUGGGAGACCUGGACAAAGUGGUCAGUCUGCUACUGUCUCUGUCAGGCAGACUGGCACGGGUGGAAAAUGCUCUCAACAACCUAGAAGAAAGUGUUUCUGCUGAGGAAAGGCACACUCUUACAGAGAAACGGAAGCUGCUGAUCUGUCAGCAUGAAGAUGCCAAGGAGCUGAAGGAGAACCUGGACCGAAGGGAACGUCUGGUCUACGAUAUUCUGGCCGGCUGCUUGAGUGAGGAGCACCUGGCUGACUACCAGCACUUUGUAAAGAUGAAGUCAGCUCUCAUUAUUGAACAGCGUAAACUUGAGGACCGAAUCAAACUGGGAGAGGAGCAGCUCAAGUGUUUAAGGGACAGUCUGCCACUGGAACAAAGUAUUGCAGUUCUGAAAAUGGACAUGUGAAUUAUAUUUUUUACCAAAAA